UCUUGGACUAGGAUUGUCCACGUACACCAAACACUUAUCGGUGAAUAUCUGAAAUUCAAUCGUCUCAAAAUCGUACGUACAAAUCCCAAUUUUCUCAACCGAUCCCUUCAUAGUUAUGCCUAGUAGGAGAACUAACCUGCGGCCGGAGGAGGAGGAGGUGGAGAAGGAAGAGGACGACCGCCCUAGAGGGUUUGGCUUUAUUUUUUGCAUGGCUGCUGUAGGCUUUGCAUAUAUACUUAUACCAGCCAUCUUUUUCGGGAAACAUAUGGAGAACACUUUGUCGAAAUUUGUUCAUUCGGAACCUAUCCAACAUGAUGACAAGAUUGCCUUCGUAGUAUUUGUAGGGCUGGUCUUGAUAUCCGUUGUAAUGGGGGUUUUCUACUUUUUUCUUGCUGUUUUUCAUUCCAUUAGUCUCUUUAUAUUCUAUAGGGAGAAGAAUAUCAGACCAAUAUUGGACGAGGGACAGUCGUUGGUACAAGUCAAUGAAGGAAUAGACUUAAUACCAAAAGUCGUUUACAAAGAUGGGGAGUAGUGGAUGAUGACAGGCGUAUGUUUUGCAGUACAGGGGUUGAAACUGCUGAUCAUCUCUUCUUUGAGUGUGCUUACUCUGCUUAUUUUUGGACCAGAAUACAAGAAGCUUGCCUGAUAUACCGAUCCACAUAUGCUUGGCAGACUGAGAUUC